AUGCAGUUAUUUUAUCUUCUAACAUUACUGAUUUUUUAUCUUACUAUUGUUUCAACUGUGGAUAUAAAAAAAAAAGUAACAUACAAUACACCCGGCGUCACUGAUCGAUUGUUAAUUUUUCCAGGAACAAAAUGGUGUGGUCCUGGUAAUGUAGCACAAGACAAUUAUGAUUUAGGAUCUGAUAGAAAUGUGGACACGUGCUGCAGGGAUCAUGAUUUAUGUGAGCCAAAAAUUCGAAGUGGGGAAACGAAAUAUGGAAUUGUAAAUCACGGAAGCACAUCAAUAUUAAGUUGCACGUGUGAUGAGGUCUUCUCCAAUUGUCUGAAGGCUGUUAAUUCAUGGACAAGUCAAAUCAUUGAAAAUAUAUACUUCAGAUUGUUGGGUCGAACAAAAUGGUGUGGUCCAGGUGACAUCGCGUCGCAUAUUUAUGACCUGGGACGAUUUAACGACACAGAUAAAUGCUGCCGAAAUCACGAUUUGUGCCAGCCUAUUAUCCUGUCAAAACAAACGAGAUACGGAAUAGAAAACAAAGGACGCAUUGCUAUGUUGAGUUGUUCUUGUGACUCGGCCUUUUACAAGUGUCUCAAAGCAGUAAACUCAACAGUGAGUCGCAUUAUCGGAAACAGUUACUUUAAUUUACUGCACCGCAAGUGCUUCUACUUUGACGCAAAAAAAGAAACUCUCGAAUGGAUGAAAGUUCCCGAUUUUUCAGACAACUCGAUCAUCAAAUUCGUCUCUAAAUUCACUAGGAACCCUUUCAAGAAAAAC